UAAACACUGUGCUGAUGUUCUGGCACCGAAUGCGUCAGAUGAUGUUUUUACGAAUGUGAUUCUGUGGGACAGUGAACUAAAAUGUUGCGCAAUAAUCAGGAUUCUUCCUACAGUUUCGAUUUGUUUUUUUUCUGAUGUGUUAGAAGAGUGUGGAAGCAGCAGCCAUUUGAAAGCUUCAUUUGAUUCCCCACGCACCGUUGUUAUGGUGUGUGUGUGUAUGUGUGUGUGUUGUGUUCGAACUGAAGACCCAUUUUUUAUGCACAUUAGAAUAAAGAAGGAGGGAAAUCUUUCACAGAGGAAUAAAGUAUGGCAUUCACAAUCUGCGCCCUGCCUCUAACUUACUGGAGAAGUUUCCGGUGAGGUCCAGCCUGCUGCUGUGACGUGCGUGUUUCUACACUGACAUCCAACAAACCAACCUUACUUCUCAGGUCUCCUCACAGCUGUCACAUGCCACCAGCCAGAUGUGACCCACUGCUGCAAAGCUUGGGAAACACUGACUGAUGUGACCUCGGGACCCCCUCGUUGGUCAUAAUGGGAUGUGGCACCUCCGUUGCUACGGAAACACAAGGGAAAAUAGUAGACACAGAUUUUCUUCUCACAGAUGACACAGUGAAGACUUCCAACCCGGCUCUGACUUUAAAGUCGGCCGUCUUGAUUCAGCGAUGGUACCGGCGCUACAUGGCCCGCCUGGAGAUGAGGCGAAGGUACACCUGGAACAUCUUUCAGUCGAUCGAAUACGCCGGCGAACAGGACCAGCUACAGCUCUCGAGUUUCUUCAGUUUUAUGCUCGACAACUUCACUCAGCUGAAUGGAAGUGGGCCAGACUUGAUCUCCCAGCUGCUGGACCCGGUGGUGGACCCCUGGUUAGACAGAGAGACCUGCUACAACUUGAUCCAGAUUCCUGAGUCGUACGCCGGCCCCCGACUGUCGUUUCCUCUCUCUGUGUCCGAUACAAAUGCUCUCCUCAGUGCGUUCAAGGAACAGCAGACUCUUCAUGCCAGAUACGUUCUGCAGCUGCUGUACGAGACCAAAAAGCUCCUCAAACAGAUGCCCAACGUCAUCCACUUGUCGACAUCCUACGCCAAAGAGAUCACUAUAUGUGGUGAUCUGCACGGCCGACUCGAUGACUUACUUCUCAUAUUUUAUAAGAAUGGCCUUCCGUCUGCGGAGACGUCAUAUGUGUUUAACGGGGACUUUGUGGACCGUGGGAAAAAGUCGAUCGAAGUGGUCGUGCUCCUGUUCGCCUACCUGCUGCUUUACCCCGACUACAUGCACCUGAACCGAGGGAACCAUGAGGACCACAUAAUGAACCUCAGAUAUGGGUUCACAAAAGAAGUCAUGCAGAAGUACAAGACUCACGGCCGUGAGAUCCUCCAGCUGUUUCAGGACGUCUUCAGCCUUCUGCCCGUGGCGACGGUCAUUGACGGAAAGAUCCUGAUUGUUCACGGGGGGAUUUCAGACCAGACUGACCUGGACUUCCUCAGCACCAUAGAGAGGCACAAGGUGAAAUCUGCCCUGAGGUUUCCCAGACACAGUUUGGAGCAGCUUGACAUCAGCCAGUCCUGCAGACAGAUGAAAAGAUUGAGAUCGACCGACAGCUCUCGUCCCAGCAGCAGUCACAGUCACAGCAAGGGCCAGAGAACCCCGAACCAGAGAAAAAGGCGAUGCAGGCUUAGCCGCCAAGACAGCGCCAUCUCCACCUCUUCUUCCUCGUCCUCAUCGUCCUCGUCCUCUUCGCUCUGCUCUCCUCGAACUCCAUCCUGCCUCACGCCUCGCCAGUGCCCGGUGUCUCCCAGCAUGCCUUACGCCAUCAACGUCCUCCAAGUGCCUUUCUUGGACUCCGCGUCCUCGGUUCCCCUUCCUUCACCUCAGCAAAAUGAAUGCGAGUGGAAGCAGGUUGGAGGAGAAAUUAAUAUUGUUGAGCUGUGCCCAGUAUUGUGGUGUGAUCAGCACUUGUGUCUCCUCUUCUCUCUCCCGCAGAUCGUGGAUAUAUUGUGGAGUGACCCUAAAACCCAAGAAGGCUGCAGUCCCAACACGUUCAGAGGAGGAGGCUGCUACUUCGGCCCCGAUGUCACCCAGAGACUGCUGCUCCAACACGGCCUCCAGCUGCUCAUCAGAUCCCAUGAAUGCAAACAGGAGGGAUACGAGCUCUGUCAUGGCGGACAGGUGAUCACCAUUUUCUCAGCGUCAAACUAUUACGAGGAGGGAAGCAACCGUGGAGCGUACAUCAAAGUGGGCAGAGAACUGGUGCCCCGCUUCUACCAAUACCAAGUCAGCCGCACGACACGCAAACUCACCCUGACGCAGAGAGUGCGAGCUGCAGAAGGCUCGGCUCUCAGGGCCCUGAAGGAGAAGCUGUUCACUCAUCGCUCUGAGCUGAUGUCGGGCUUCCAGCAGUACGACCACAACAACACCGGUAGUGUAUCAGUCAGUGAAUGGGCUCUGGUGUUGGAGUCCGUACUGAGACUGGACCUGCCCUGGAGGACGCUGCGACCGCACUUAGCCCGCCUGGCACCAGAUGGCAGUGUGGAGUAUCAGUCCUGCUUCGAGGAUAUGGAGUCAGGAAAUCCUCUCACUCAGGUCACUCCAAACUUGGCUGAAACUCUGUUCAGAUACAGGACAGACAUCGAGAUAAUAUUCAACAUUAUAGACAAAGACCAUUCAGGUUUGAUCUCCAUCGAAGAGUUUCGUCACACCUGGCGUCUCUUCAGCGCCCACCUGGGUGUUGACAUCGACGACAGAGCCAUCGAUGACCUCGCCCGGAGCAUCGACUUCAACAAGGACGGUAGUAUAGACUUCACCGAGUUCUUAGAGGCCUUCAGAGUGGUCCACAAGCUGGACAGCAAGGAUCAGCACCUAAACGGAAAGACGGAUAGAGAGAAGUAUUCAUGAGGGGAAGAACCUGGGUGCUAAGUCGGUGAUCAGCAGAGAAAUGAUGUCAAGUUUCUAGAUUAGAGAAACUAAUCUACCUUUAAACAUGUAAACACACACAAAAAAUAGCAGUGAUUCAAUAAUGUACCAAACAAUUAUUGGUAAAAAAAAAUGUAUUUGUUAAUGUAUUUUUAGCCGAACUAGCAGCCAGUCAGCAACCACUUUGGUUUCCAUGUUAAACAUCUCAUAAACUCAGACUUUGUACAGAUUUUCUCGUUCCCUAGAGGAGAUCCUUAAGAUUUGGUGAUUGACUGACCUUUCAUAGAACCACCAACAUGCCAAAGUUUUCGGCAUAGUGAAAUAUAUCCAUGUCAACUACAUACACUGACAUAGCUUUGGGUACAAACAUUUAUUGUUCCUUGACAAUGAAUCCUUGUGACUUUGGUGAUCUACUGGAGUUUUCAUUUAGUGCAAUCGCAGGCUGACAUUUAUGAGCAUUUAAGUGUGGAAUGGCACAACUUAGUUGGAUGGAUUGACAUGAAGUAGUAUCCAGAGGGAUUGUUUUCAAUGGGAAAUGGCUGCAUUUAAACAAUGCUCACACAUCAGUGGCAGCAAACAAUCAUGGAACGAGCUGAACUGACAAUUGGGAGCAAUUUGGUUCUUCGGUGUUUGGCCCAAGGACACUUUGGCAUGUUGACAGGAGGAGCUGCCAACCCUGGACAAUCCACUUAAUUUCCUGAGCCACCGCCGCCCCAUGUUGUCGGGCAUAUGGAAGUUCCUGGCGUAAAGCUGCAGAGAAAAGUUAACCAUGAACCUACAGGACCCUUGACCAAGUCAAAAAGAAACUGCUCGAAGAAGUCUGAAACGGGUUCUGAGCUACAUAUUUCAGGUGCAGUCUGAUUUAGUACAGAUGUCACCUCUGAUGGCAAACCUGUGAGAAACUUGGUGUUCAACUGCUACAGCAGGAGUAACAGUGUGAUGCAGCGCUGAUGGAGUCUCCCGGCAGCGCAGUGGUGUAUGAGGCCCAAAGCAACAGAAUUAAACUCAGAGCGAUUUGGCAGACCUGUGAAUGUUUGUGCAUGCGUUUCAUUCGUCGGUUUUGAAACAGAGCGUAUCAUGUCAACCAGUACUUAUAAUGAACAUGAAAGAUGUAUUAUAGAAUCAGGCUUUAUUUAUGAUGUAAUUUUAUUGUAAUUUUAGUGUUAACAGCUUAAACAACAAAUCUGUCCUGAUUCUGUUUUAACUUGUAUCGUAUUUCUCCCAGCAACUCCACCAUCCACACCAACACUGAAUGUGAUGAGUGGUGUUUUCGCUGCAAACUUCUUGGUCUGAAUGAGGCUUCAUCAUUAGAGGGGAAAAACCCUCCUGCUGAAGUUGGGGUUUGUGCGGGUGUUUACCAAAAAAGAAUAAAAUUGCUUUUUUUUGCUUUA